AUGUUCGUCGCAACCAAACUCCUAAAAAUCGGCUACAACCAAGCCAAAAAGCGCAAAGCCAACAAAGAUGCUCAAUUCCAACAACCCCACCCAAACUACACCUAUCCAAACCCCUACCCAAUGUCCGCCUACCCACCCGGCGUAGCACCAGGAACAAACACCCAAUAUAUCGCCCAUGAACCACCCGCUCCACCCGCCAGCAAAGGAGCAAAGCUAGUCUCCAUGUUCAUCUCCAUUCUCCGCUUUCUGCAAUUCGUCUUCGGUCUCGCAGUCAUUGGUCUGUAUGGCCAGGAUGUGCGACAUGAUCAUGAAGAUGACGAUACCUAUCAUGCGAAGUGGGUGUUUGCACUUAUAGUGGGAUUCUUGGCGACUAGUACUGCGGGCUUCCAUAUGGUUUUGCCAUUUUUGAUGAAGCGGGUGAACAAUUCCAGCAAUCCGAAGUUCCAUCUGCCGCAGUUUGUGUGGGAGUUUGUUCUUUGUAUUGUUUGGUUGACGGUUUUUGGGAUCUUUGGGAAGAUGUAUAUUGGAGUCUAUCCUAGCAGCAGCAGUAGCAGCAGCAAGCGGGAUUCGGACAGUUCUACUUCUACUUCCAGUUCCACUUCGGGAUUGGGGGAUGCGUCGAAGAUCAAUCGGAUGCGUCAUGCUGCGUGGGUUGAUCUUGUGAACUUGUUGAUGUGGGUGUUUACUGCGUCUUGGGUUUUGGUUCGCUGGCUUAAGAGUCGGCGAGCGAAUGCGGUUCCUGAUGUUGAUGUUGAGAAAGAUAAUCAGAUUUAA